AUGGAAGGUAGCCACGAUCAGACAGAGUUCAAUGUUUCAAGUCCUUCAGCCAUCGGUGACAGAUUGGAUUUCCUGGUCAUCGUAUCAGCACUUCUUUCGGUUACCACUGUCUUGCUUAAUCUCUUGACCGGAGUCACCUUACUUUGGAACAGGAGCCAUUAUACCACCACUUUCCUCUUGGCAAUCGGCAAUCUAGCUUUGUCAAAUCUAUUGUAUGGAUGCGUUGGUCUUCCUAUCCGUUCGCAACUGAUCUCAACAGGAAACCGUUGGAACUACAGCUUUGCCUCCUGUCUUUCCAUAAUGACACUGACGGACAUCUUUGAAGACGUUUCUACUUUGAGCCUCGUUUUGGUUAACCUAGACUGCACCGUCCUGUUAAUGAGUCCUCAUCAAUAUCGAACUGGACUUUUUCGCUGUUUAAUGGCUACGUUUAGUGCUUCGGCAUGGGCCGUACCUAUGAUUGUUGAGCUGUAUCUUCACGUUAAAGACUGGAACAACAUGAAAGACAUUUACACCUCAUUAUCGGACGUGUGCGUCGGUAUUAUCACCAAAUAUCUCAAAGUCUUGGGGAUCACAUUUACGACUCUCCUUGCUUUUCCGCUUGUCAUGUUUUUCAUCUUUCUGCAGUACGUAAAGUUGACGAAGAUAUACACUUCCUCGCCGUAUGGAGCCGCUGACCCCACCGAUAUGCUAACUUCGCUUCUGUGGCUUGAUAUUGUCAUAGCUGUCAGCCGUUUCUUUGGAGGACUCCUGGUGGUUGCGUGUCUGCUGGUCGGCGCAACAAGCCGGUUCUUAGCUGCCAAUCCGUUUCCGACGUCACUCUAUAUUGGCGCUCUGUGGAUGAAAAAGGCCUCAUUUGGUCUGCCAAUGCUUUUAUGGCUAUUCAGUAAAACUAUUCGACGCAGCGUGAAGCAGCUCGUUCAUGGCGAUACAACUUACUUUGCUUCCCCAUACCCAGACAGCCACUUGAGUCAUUAUAAUCAGGGAUAA